AUGUUGCCUUCUUCGGCGUCUAGCUCUCCCUCGUCUUCUUCAGCUACUUCCUACUUGCCACUUUCACCUCCUAACCCCUUGCAGCCCUUGCCGCCUUCCUCUAUGCCGAGACAAAUUUCCUCAUUGGCGUCUAGGUCUCACUCUGGUUUAAGUGGAUUCAAAUCAAGAACUUCCGAUCAUUCUCGUUCUCCUCUUCGUCGCCUCCUCCCUCUGCACUUAGGCCCACCAUCUUUACCACCCUACCUUAGCCACCAACUUCCCCUUGCUUGGGCCCACGAUCCCCAACCUUUGUUUUUGGACUGA